AUGAAGCGACCCUUCUUGGAUAACCUGGCUACCACACUCUUCAAACUAGAAACAGCAAGGGUAGAUGCUAGCUCAGAGGUCGAUGACCAGGGGCGUAUGGGUGAACCAAUGGAAUGGAGUGAGUCAUCGUCUCUCGCCAACAAAUUCUCCGAAACGAUUGCUUCCAACUCCCUGGGGUAUCAAUUCAAGCAGUUUGUGGCUGACAUCGUGGCAGGAGAGUACGACCAAGAAGCCGUAGAAGCCAAGGUGCAGGGAUUAAUUGACAGCAAGACCGCUCCCAUCAUGAUGUUUUCCUUCUCCACGUGUCCCUUUUGUCGACGUGCCAAGGAUUAUCUGGAUGAAAAAGGCAUUGCUUACCAAGCCAUCGAGUUGGAUGAGCUAGACGGGAAUGAAGGAAAUGAAAUUCGAGCAGUACUCGGGAAGAAAACCAAGCGUACAUCUGUGCCAUCCAUAUUUGUUCGAGGGGAGUAUAUUGGAGGUUGCAACGACGGGCCAGGACUAUUGCCUCUGGGAGAGUCUGGUCAAUUAGACACACUGCUCCAGAAGAGUUGA